UGCCCUCGCAGCUCUGAAGGAUGCGGCGGGGUAGAUGGAGGAGGAGGAGGUGAAAGACUGGAAGGCGGAGAACGGAAUGAACCGGUCGGAAAGGGGGAAGGAUGCGGAUUACGGUAGUCUGCCGGCCGUGGUUUUGGUCGUGUGACACGCGGAUCAACUUUCAAAGACCUUCGGUUUGUUGACAGACGGAGCGCGAAGAGCCUGUGAUUUAUGCGUCGCCUCCAAUUAUCCGUGAAACAGAGGAAGGCUUGGCUUAAUGGUGAUUUCUGCCGUGACAUAUUUUGUAGGAGGCUGUUUGUAAUGGUUUGAAGUAGUUUUUCUCCGCCCUUUCUUUUAAUACUAUAAGAAAAAAAUCGGAGAAAUCAAAGUGACCCCGUUCCUCUUCGUGUUGUGGGUCAACUGCCAUCAUGGUUUUAGCUAUCAUUUUAGCAUCAUCGCCACCUGAUCUUUUCUUCCGUGCUGCUGCAGGCUGGAUGUCAAACUGACGGGAGCGACACUAUCCAUCCAUUCACCAUUCAUUCAUUCUCUAUACCUGCUUAAUCCAGUCCAGGGUCGCGCGGGGGUGCUGGAGCCUAUUGCAGCUGCUGUCAGGCGCGCCAAUACUAAACAAAAUACAAGUUAAACGCGUAUCACCAUGGAGGAGUCGACGUUACAGCCUCGCCGUUUGACGGUUAUAUUUAUAUGGACGACUAUAUUUCUGUUCAGCAGCGGACAUUCCGCACCUGACUCCUCGGGCCUGUCUCUUGCCAUCCGCGUGCCACUGCGGCAAGGCGCUCGUGGUGAGCAGCCACCGCCGCUACCACCUGCCGAUGCCGCCGCAGCAGCUGCUACUGCUGUCUUCACCAACGCACGCGUUGCCGCGGGAAGGCAUCCUGCGCGCAGACGGAGAGGAGCGGCAGCGGGCGGCAUCAGCUUCGUGGACAUGAUCGAUAACCUCCGUGGGAAGUCCGGUCAGGGGUACUACGUGGAGAUGGCCGUGGGUUCUCCUCCACAAAAGUUAAAUAUCCUUGUGGACACUGGAAGCAGUAACUUUGCUGUCGGAGCAGCUUCUCAUCCUUUCCUGCGGAGAUACUACCACCGUUCACUCUCCAGUUCAUACCGCGACCUGGGUAGGAGUGUGUACGUUCCCUACACUCAGGGUCGCUGGGAAGGGGAGCUGGGCACUGACUUGGUCUCGGUGCCUCAUGGCCCCAAUGCCACGCUGCGCGCCAACAUCGCUGCCAUCACCCAGUCAGAUCGAUUCUUUAUCAAUGGAUCUAACUGGGAGGGAAUCCUGGGACUCGCAUAUGCCGAUAUAGCCCGGCCUGAUGAAACGCUGGAGCCAUUCUUCGACUCUUUAGUCCGCCAGACCUCUGUCUCCAACCUCUUCUCUCUCCAGCUGUGCGGUGCAGGCUUCACCCAAAACUACUCCCUGGGCAGCUCCACAGUUGGCGGCAGCAUGAUCAUCGGUGGAGUGGACUCGUCGCUGUAUGUCGGAGAGCUUUGGUACACUCCCAUCCGCAGGGAGUGGUACUAUGAGGUCAUUAUCGUACGUAUUGAGGUGAACGGUCAGGACCUCAACAUGGACUGUAAAGAGUACAACUACGAUAAGAGCAUUGUGGACAGUGGCACCACCAACCUUCGCCUGCCUAGAAAAGUUUUCCAGGCUGCAGUCAAGGCUAUAGAAGCAGCUUCCUCGACGGAGCAGUUUCCCUCUGGGUUCUGGCUCGGAGAGCAGCUGGUAUGUUGGCAGGCCGGCACCACACCAUGGCACAUCUUCCCAGUUAUCUCCCUCUAUCUGAUGAGUGAAAACCGCAACCAGUCCUUCAGAAUCUCCAUCCUCCCACAGCAAUACCUGCGGCCAGUAGAAGAUGUUGCCUCUGCUCAGGAGGACUGCUAUAAGUUUGCCGUGUCUCAGUCCAGCACUGGUACCGUGAUGGGGGCCGUCAUCAUGGAGGGCUUCUAUGUCGUCUUUGACCGUGAGAAGAAACGCAUCGGCUUUGCCGUUAGCACCUGCCAUGUGCACGAUGAGUUUCGAACAGCCUCCGUUGAGGGCCCGUUCCACGGCGUCGACCUGGAAGACUGCGGCUACAACAUCCCCCAGACGGACGAGUCCACCCUGAUGACCAUCGCCUACAUCAUGGCGGGAAUCUGCGCUCUCUUCAUGCUGCCUCUGUGUCUCAUGGUGUGCCAGUGGCGCUUCGCCCGCUGCCUCCACCCACACGGGGACUUUUCAGAUGACAUAUCACUCCUAAAGUGAAGAGGAAGGAGAAGUUGGAGACAGGAGAUGUGGACACUUGAACCGCAGGACAGAGAUGGCUUUUGUUAUAAAAAACAUUGCAAAAUGAAGGUGCUGUUCCAUGUCAGCUUUGAAAAGAUUAUUCAGGAAUAUGAUUUAAAAAGUAACGGAAAUGCCGACAUACACAGUGAGCCUUGCUGCCCUCGAGUUGUUUGUGGGGAUAACUUAAGCCAUUAUGAACUUAAGGGACAAGCAAGUGAAAGAUGCUGGCGGCAGCAUCAACGUUGCCUGUUUAAGCUACCUAUGCAGAUCAGCAUGGCUAGAGAAACCGAGGUGGGGAAAAUGCAAAACAAACUAAAACGAAAAAUGUGCUGUUUAUUAUAAAUAGUGUAAAAACAAACCACGGAGAUGGACUGGAUUUGGAUAUUGGAAUUUCAAAAGAUUGGUCUCUUAGCUUUAAGUACUUUGAAAUUGUGGGAAAGAUCCCUUAAAUAACAGCCAAAAUGGAGACGAGGAGUCCACGUGCAGGGGUUUGUUAUGGUGUGAUCUGAGCACAGGAACAUGUGGUUACAUGUGUUUGUUGCUCUUAUGUUUGUGGCUUCCAGGUGAAAGAAGUGUGAGCAUGCCUGUGUGAGUGUGUGUGUACACAGCUAUUUUGAUUGAAAAUUAUAAAAAAAAAUUUAAAGAAAAUGUGAAAGAAGUUACUUAUAAAAUGAGAGAAUGAUGCCGCAUCUAUAAAAUGCCACUAUGUUGCACAUGCCAGCGAAAAAUCCUGCAAAGCAAAUGAAGUAUGCAUAAAGAGGCUGUUAAAUAUAAGACUGUAAGGCAUUUACAGUGUGAAACCGGUCCUGCUUGGUGUGAAACUGAGGCUACUGAUCACAGUCAAUAUCAGAUGUCACUUCUUCUUCUUACACUGAUAGCUUAAAUGUAUCUAUUGUACAUAAAACGUCUGCAUUCCAGAUCUUUUAUUUAAACACAAAGUUCUUAUCCCUGCAAAUUAUUGUUGCACCCAUCUGAUGAUUUGCACAUGUAACACAUUACAUGUUAACAAAGACUUAAUAGGGCUCCUUUCAUGAGACACAAACAACCUAACUCACUAUAUUUUCCAGUGGGGACCAUUAACGCUUAGACAAAGAAACCAGCCUAAAGUAUGUUACACACUAAAGAACUUAUUUACAUCUAUAAGGGACUGUUUGUGUUGUCUCUACACAAGCUGUAAAUAGAUCAACUCAGAACUGGAUAUUUAUCUGUCAGGUGCUGGACUCACUGUUGAACCAAUAAAGUACUUAUUGUAACUGUAAAA